AGUGUUUGGAUGAACGGCGUGGUGGGUGGUAGUGUAUGGCAGGCCCCUUCCUCUGGAACGUUCGUAGUGGCUGACCACUGAAAACUGGGGUUUGGAUAUUGCACUGAACUUCUGGUCAGCAAGUGAAAACACAACACACCGGCAAGAUGAUGGCCUACGCUGAUAUAGACGAAGAUAUAGCCUAUGGUGAUGAAGAUGGGGAUGAAAUCUCUCCAGACAUCUGGCAGGAAGCUUGCUGGCUGGUGAUCUCCUCAUACUUUGACGAAAAGGGUCUAGUAAGGCAGCAGCUGGACUCCUUUGAUGAAUUCAUAACAAUGACCAUCCAGCGAAUUGUUGAGGACUCGCAGGCCAUUGAUCUCCAAGCAGAGGCGCAGCAUACGGGUGGUGAACUUGAAAAUCCUCCUCGUCAUCUGUUGAAGUUUGAGCAAAUCUACCUGAGUAAACCCACCAAUUGGGAAAAAGAUGGUUAUAACUACAACAUGAUGCCCAACGAGGCCCGGCUGAGGAACCUGACCUAUUCUUCCCCAUUGUAUGUAGAUAUUGUCAAGACUGUCAUCAAGGAAGGAGAGAAGCCUAUUGAACACAAGGAAGAAAAAAUUUACAUUGGUAAAAUUCCAAUCAUGCUGCGGUCUACCUAUUGUCUGCUGAGUGGUCUGACUGACCGUGACCUGCAUGAAGUGAACGAGUGUCCCCUUGAUCCUGGUGGCUACUUUAUCAUCAACGGUUCAGAAAAGGUGCUUAUUGCUCAAGAGAAAAUGGCCACCAACACUGUGUAUGUGUUCAGCAUGAAGGAUGGCAAAUAUGCUUACAAAUGUGAAAUUCGUUCCUGCAUUGAACACUCAGCUCGACCUGUGUCAACCUUAUGGAUCAACAUGAUGGCAAGAGGAGGAAGUAGUGCCAAGAAGUCUGCCAUUGGCCAGCGAAUCAUUGGUGUCCUGCCUUAUGUGAAGCAAGAAAUCCCAGUGAUGAUUGUGUUCCGUGCCCUGGGAUUUGUGGCUGACAGAGAUAUUCUGGAACACAUUAUAUAUGACUUUGAUGACCCUGAAAUGAUGGAAAUGGUAAAGCCAUCACUUGAUGAAGCUUUUGUGAUCCAGGAGCAAAAUGUUGCCCUGAAUUUCAUAGGAGGGAGAGGAGCCCGGCCUGGUGUGACCAAAGAAAAGCGCAUCAAAUAUGCCAGGGAGAUUUUGCAGAAAGAAAUGUUGCCUCAUGUUGGUGUUUCUGACUUCUGUGAAACCAAAAAAGCAUACUUCUUGGGCUACAUGGUUCACAGACUCCUACUGGCAGCACUGGGUCGGCGGGAGCUGGAUGACCGUGAUCACUAUGGCAACAAAAGGCUGGAUCUUGCAGGGCCUCUUAUGGCAUUGCUCUUCAGAGGAUUAUUUAAAAAUCUAAUGAAAGAGGUGCGGAUGCAUGCACAAAAGCUGCUAGACAAAGGUCAAGAAUAUGGCCUUGAUGCUGCAGUGAAACCAAAGCUAAUCACUGAUGGUCUGAAGUACUCAUUGGCCACUGGAAACUGGGGAGACCAGAAGAAGGCCCAUCAGGCCAGGGCUGGUGUGUCUCAGGUGUUGAACCGCUUGACAUUUGCUUCUACACUGUCUCACCUGCGUCGUGUCAACUCCCCAAUUGGUCGAGAUGGCAAAUUGGCAAAGCCUCGUCAGUUGCACAACUCUCUGUGGGGAAUGAUUUGUCCUGCUGAAACUCCUGAAGGAGCUGCUGUCGGCCUGGUGAAGAACCUGGCCCUCAUGUCCUACAUCUCUGUAGGAUCUCAGCCUGCCCCCAUUCUGGAGUUCUUGGAGGAGUGGUCCAUGGAAAACUUAGAGGAAAUUGCUCCAUCUUCCAUAGAGGAUGCCACAAAAAUCUUCGUGAAUGGAUGUUGGGUUGGCAUCCAUCGUGAUGCAGAGCAGCUCAUGAUGACGCUGAGAAAGCUAAGGCGACAGAUGGAUAUCAUUGUAUCAGAGGUGUGUAUGGUGCGAGACAUCAGAGACAGGGAGAUUCGUAUCUACACAGAUGCUGGACGAAUCUGUCGCCCUCUGUUGGUUGUAGAGAAUGGAAAGCUGCUGCUCAAGAAAAGACACAUAGAUUUACUCAAGGAGAGAGAAUACAACAAUUUCAGUUGGCAAGAUCUGGUGGCAAGUGGUGUGGUUGAAUACAUUGAUUGUUCAGAAGAAGAAACUAUCAUGAUUGCCAUGUCACUUGAAGAUCUGGGAUCUGAGGAAGAGAAGACUUACUGUAACACUUACACUCACUGUGAGAUCCAUCCAGCCAUGGUGCUGGGGGUGUGUGCCUCCAUCAUCCCCUUCCCUGAUCACAACCAGUCACCCCGUAAUACUUAUCAGAGUGCUAUGGGUAAACAAGCUAUGGGUGUGUACAUAACCAACUUCCAUGUCAGGAUGGAUACCCUUGCCCAUGUGCUCUUCUAUCCACAGAAGCCACUUGUUACUACCAGAUCAAUGGAAUACCUUCGUUUCAGAGAGCUACCAGCAGGAAUCAACUCUAUUGUUGGCAUUGCUUGCUAUACUGGCUACAACCAAGAAGAUUCUGUUAUCAUGAACCUUUCUGCUGUGGAGAGAGGAUUCUUCAGGUCCUGCUUCUAUCGCUCCUACAAAGAUGCUGAGACAAGGCGCUCAGGAAUGCAGGAGGAGCUAUUUGAGAAACCAACAAGAGACACCUGUCAAGGCAUGCGUCAUGCUAUUUAUGACAAACUAGAUGAGGAUGGUAUCAUUUCUCCUGGCAUGCGUGUGUCUGGGGAUGAUGUAAUCAUUGGCAAGACCAUCACACUGCCAGAAAGUGAAGAUGAGCUUGAGGGACAGUCAAGACGAUUCAGCAAGAGAGAUGCGAGUGUCUUCCUGAGAGGAUCAGAAACUGGUAUUGUAGACCAAGUCAUGUUGACAGUUAACAUGGAUGGAGAUCGCUUCACCAAAAUCCGAGUAAGAUCAGUUCGAAUACCACAGAUUGGUGACAAAUUUGCUUCUCGUCACGGCCAGAAGGGUACAUGUGGCAUUCAGUACAGGGUUGAGGAUAUGCCUUUCACAGUUGAAGGAAUUACUCCAGACAUCAUCAUUAACCCUCACGCCAUUCCAUCUCGUAUGACAAUUGGUCACUUGAUUGAGGCAUUGCAAGGGAAACUUGGUGCCAACAAGGGCGAGAUUGGUGAUGCUACACCAUUCAACGAUGCUGUCAAUGUGUCAAAGAUCUCAAAUCUGUUGCAAGAGUAUGGCUAUCACUUGAGAGGAAAUGAGAUCAUGUAUUGUGGGCACACAGGACGGAAAAUGAAUGCCCAGAUUUUCUUAACUCCAACAUAUUACCAGCGUCUGAAGCAUAUGGUGGAUGACAAGAUUCAUUCCCGAGCUCGAGGUCCAGUGCAAAUUCUUGUCAGGCAACCCAUGGAAGGUCGUGCUAGGGAGGGUGGUCUGCGGUUUGGAGAGAUGGAACGAGACUGCCAGAUAGCUCACGGUGCAGCACAGUUCCUGCGAGAGCGUCUGUUUGAAGUCAGUGAUCCAUACUCAGUGCACGUCUGCAACUUGUGUGGCUUGAUGUGUAUUGCAAACCUGAGAAACAACACCUUUGAAUGCAAAGGUUGCCGAAAUAAGACUCAGAUCUCACAGGUGCGUCUCCCUUAUGCAUGCAAGUUGCUAUUCCAAGAACUGAUGUCAAUGAACAUAGCUCCAAGACUGAUGGUGACAAAGUGAUUCAAUCUCAGUGCACAUGGUAACAUUUAUCUUUAAAGGUCAAAUCCACAAUUUUUUCUUUAUAGACAUUUUGGGUAAGUUUAAUAAGUGACUGUUUUGAUAGUCACUUUAGUUUUUUACACAAUUUACUUAAGACACCAAUUACAUAAGACAAUUUAGGCUAAUUAUAUCAAACAUUAAAAAAAUGGUCUUCAGUUUCUUAGUGGCAUGAUUCAUACUAAAGGUGUAUUUUCAUAGACAAUAAGGUAACAAAUUAUGUAUAUCAUCAAGAGAAUAAAUAUAUUUUUAAUA